GCUGCUAUCCCCUCGCUGCUCGCUUGCGCUCGUCCAGAACCCUACGCCAACGUCCAAACCCUAGCGGAGAGGGAAGAGUCGAUCUCUCCCGUUUCGUUGUCGAUUUGGUGCGGUAACAGAGGCAGCGAUGUGGAGCGGCGGCCCUCCGUCGUCGUCUUCGUCACAGCCCCCCAUGGCGCCGCCAGGAACGGUGCCCGGGGCUGGGAUCCCCCCUCCCCAGCCCCCGCCCCCGGCGGUGCAGCCGUCCUUCAGCAUACCGCCUUCUCCAGCGGAGCUGGAGGCGCAGCUGGUGGAGAAGGCCAGGAAGUGGCAUCAGCUCAACUCCAAGCGGUAUGGCGACAAGAGGAAGUUCGGGUUUGUUGAGACCCAGAAGGAGGAUAUGCCUCCCGAGCACGUCAGGAAGAUCAUCAGAGAUCAUGGAGACAUGUCAUCGAAGAAAUAUCGCCAUGACAAGCGUGUAUACCUUGGAGCUUUGAAGUUUGUACCUCAUGCAGUUUAUAAAUUACUUGAGAACAUGCCUAUGCCAUGGGAACAGGUUCGCAAUGUGAAAAUUUUAUAUCACAUAACUGGUGCAAUCACAUUUGUGAAUGAGAUACCUUGGGUGGUUGAACCUAUAUACUUAGCACAGUGGGGUACAAUGUGGAUCAUGAUGAGAAGGGAGAAAAGAGAUCGCCGGCAUUUUAAAAGAAUGAGGUUUCCUCCUUUUGAUGACGAGGAGCCUCCAUUAGAUUAUGCAGACAAUUUGUUGGAUGUAGAACCCUUAGAAGCGAUUCAAUUAGAAUUAGAUGAGGAAGAAGAUGCUGCUGUGCAUACAUGGUUCUAUGACCAUAAACCUCUUGUAAAAACAAAGCUCAUAAAUGGUCCUAGUUACAGAAGGUGGCAUCUGUCACUUCCAAUAAUGGCAAAUCUGAAUCGGCUUGCGGGACAACUACUUUCUGAUCUGAUCGAUCACAAUUACUUUUACUUGUUCGAUAUGGAGUCAUUCUUUACUGCUAAAGCACUGAACAUGUGCAUACCUGGAGGCCCCAAGUUUGAGCCAUUGUACAGGGACAUGGAGAAAGGUGAUGAAGAUUGGAAUGAAUUUAAUGACAUCAAUAAGCUAAUCAUUCGCCAGCCACUUAGAACAGAAUACAGGAUUGCAUUUCCACAUCUGUACAACAAUAGGCCAAGGAAAGUCAAGCUUAGCGUGUAUCACACUCCUAUGAUAAUGUACAUAAAAGCUGAGGAUCCUGAUUUGCCUGCAUUUUACUUUGAUCCCUUAAUUAACCCAAUAUCUUCAGUCAACAAGGUUGAUCGUCGGGAGAGGAAAGUACAAGAAGAGGAUGAAGAAGAAUUUUACCUUCCCGAAGGAGUUGAACCUCUUCUGCUUGAAACACAAUUAUAUACUGAUACAACUGCAGCUGGUAUCUCAUUGCUAUUUGCACCACGCCCAUUUAAUACCAGAUCUGGUCGCACAAGACGGGCUGAAGAUGUACCUCUUGUGUCAGAGUGGUUCAAGGAGCAUUGUCCUCCAUCCUAUCCAGUUAAAGUUCGCGUCAGUUAUCAGAAGCUGCUAAAAUGUUUUGUCUUGAAUGAAUUACAUCAUCGACCUCCCAAGGCACAGAAGAAGAAACAUUUGUUCCGAUCUCUGCAGGCUACUAAGUUCUUCCAAACAACAGAACUAGAUUGGGUAGAAGCAGGUCUACAAGUUUGUAAACAAGGUUACAAUAUGCUUAAUCUGUUGAUUCAUCGGAAAAAUCUCAACUAUCUUCACCUUGAUUACAAUUUUAAUUUGAAACCUGUAAAAACGCUCACCACAAAGGAGCGCAAGAAGUCACGGUUUGGAAAUGCCUUCCAUCUGUGCAGAGAAAUUCUUCGUUUGACCAAGCUUGUAGUCGAUGCUAAUGUCCAGUUCCGUCUGGGAAAUGUAGAUGCUUUUCAAUUAGCUGAUGGAUUGCAAUACAUUUUUUCUCAUGUUGGUCAGCUGACUGGCAUGUACCGUUAUAAGUACCGUUUAAUGAGGCAGAUCAGAAUGUGUAAAGAUCUGAAGCACUUAAUCUACUACCGUUUUAAUACUGGUCCUGUUGGGAAGGGACCUGGUUGUGGAUUUUGGGCUCCCAUGUGGAGGGUAUGGUUGUUUUUUCUUCGAGGUAUUGUACCAUUGCUGGAAAGAUGGUUGGGUAAUUUAUUAGCUCGCCAAUUUGAAGGCCGCCAUUCAAAGGGGGUCGCAAAGACUGUUACAAAACAACGAGUUGAAAGCCACUUUGAUUUGGAACUAAGAGCUGCUGUGAUGCAUGAUAUUCUCGAUGCAAUGCCUGAGGGCAUUAAGCAUAACAAGGCAAGGACUAUCUUACAACAUCUGAGUGAAGCAUGGCGUUGUUGGAAAGCCAAUAUCCCAUGGAAGGUUCCAGGUCUCCCAGUACCAAUUGAGAAUAUGAUUCUCCGAUAUGUAAAAUCCAAGGCAGAUUGGUGGACAAAUGUUGCUCACUACAAUCGUGAGCGUAUUAGAAGGGGUGCAACUGUUGAUAAGACAGUUUGUAGGAAGAACCUAGGAAGAUUGACUCGGUUAUGGCUAAAAGCUGAGCAGGAGCGACAACACAACUACCUGAAAGAUGGACCAUAUGUCACCCCAGAAGAGGCUGUGGCCAUCUAUACUACCACAGUUCAUUGGUUGGAAUCAAGGAAGUUUUCUCCUAUUCCAUUUCCACCAUUGUCCUACAAACACGACACCAAACUCCUUAUCCUUGCACUAGAGAGGUUGAAGGAAUCUUAUAGUGUUGCAGUUAGAUUGAAUCAAUCUCAAAGGGAAGAAUUGGGUCUUAUUGAGCAAGCAUAUGACAAUCCCCAUGAAGCCUUAUCAAGAAUUAAACGUCACUUGCUCACUCAGCGUGCAUUCAAGGAGGUUGGAAUUGAGUUCAUGGAUUUAUACAGUUAUCUGAUUCCAGUUUAUGAGAUUGAACCUCUUGAAAAAAUCACAGAUGCAUACCUUGAUCAAUAUUUGUGGUAUGAAGGAGACAAAAGACACCUAUUCCCUAACUGGGUCAAGCCUGCAGAUUCAGAACCACCACCACUUCUAGUAUACAAAUGGUGCCAAGGUAUUAAUAACUUACAAGGCAUAUGGGACACAAGUGAUGGUCAGUGUGUGGUGAUGAUGCAAACAAAGUUUGAGAAGUUUUUUGAGAAAAUUGAUUUGACUAUGCUUAAUAGGCUUUUGCGCUUGGUUCUUGACCACAAUAUUGCUGAUUAUGUCACUGCCAAAAACAAUGUUGUGUUAUCAUACAAGGAUAUGAGCCACACCAACUCAUAUGGUCUUAUUCGAGGCCUGCAAUUUGCUUCCUUUGUUGUGCAGUAUUAUGGGCUUGUGCUUGAUCUAUUGCUCCUCGGUUUAACCCGAGCCAGUGAAAUUGCUGGUCCUCCUCAGAUGCCCAAUGAAUUCAUUACAUAUGCAGACACCAGAAUAGAGACUAGACAUCCUAUUCGGUUAUAUUCCCGUUACAUUGACAAAGUGCACAUACUAUUCCGAUUCACACAUGAGGAGGCACGAGACCUAAUUCAGCGGUAUCUAACUGAGCAUCCAGAUCCAAACAACGAAAACAUGGUUGGAUAUAAUAACAAGAAAUGUUGGCCUAGAGAUGCACGGAUGAGGUUGAUGAAACAUGAUGUCAAUCUUGGGCGAAGUGUUUUUUGGGAUAUGAAAAAUCGGCUUCCGAGAAGCAUUACAACGUUGGAAUGGGAAAAUAGCUUCGUGUCUGUUUAUAGCAAGGACAAUCCCAAUCUCCUUUUCAGCAUGUGUGGAUUUGAGAUUCGAAUAUUGCCUAAAGUAAGAAUGACUCAAGAAGCUUUUAGUAACACCAAAGAUGGUGUUUGGAAUUUACAAAAUGAACAAACCAAGGAAAGAACAGCAAUAGCCUUCUUGCGUGUUGAUGAUGAACACAUGAAGGUAUUUGAGAAUCGUGUGAGGCAGAUUCUUAUGUCAUCAGGUUCAACAACUUUUACCAAGAUUGUUAACAAAUGGAAUACUGCUCUUAUUGGUCUUAUGACAUAUUUCCGAGAAGCCACUGUGCAUACACAGGAGUUGUUGGAUUUGCUGGUCAAAUGUGAAAACAAGAUACAGACUCGUAUUAAAAUUGGAUUGAACUCAAAGAUGCCUAGCAGAUUUCCUCCUGUUAUCUUUUACACACCAAAGGAAAUUGGAGGCCUUGGGAUGCUUUCCAUGGGACACAUAUUGAUCCCACAGAGUGACCUAAGGUAUAGCCAACAAACUGAUGUUGGAGUGACACAUUUUAGGAGUGGUAUGAGUCAUGAGGAAGAUCAGCUUAUCCCCAAUCUUUACCGCUAUAUACAGCCUUGGGAGAGUGAGUUCAUUGAUUCACAGCGUGUUUGGGCUGAAUAUGCAUUGAAGAGGCAAGAAGCACAGUCACAAAAUAGAAGAUUGACGCUUGAGGAUCUAGAGGAUUCUUGGGAUAGAGGCAUACCUCGAAUCAACACCUUGUUCCAGAAAGACCGCCACACAUUAGCAUAUGAUAAAGGAUGGAGGGUUCGUACUGAUUUCAAGCAAUAUCAAGUUUUGAAGCAGAAUCCAUUUUGGUGGACCCACCAGAGGCAUGAUGGCAAGCUUUGGAACUUGAACAACUAUCGUACUGAUGUUAUCCAAGCACUUGGAGGAGUGGAAGGAAUCCUGGAACACACUUUAUUUAAAGGGACAUAUUUCCCGACCUGGGAAGGUCUCUUCUGGGAGAAGGCAUCUGGAUUCGAGGAGUCUAUGAAGUAUAAGAAGUUAACCAAUGCACAGCGGUCAGGUCUGAAUCAAAUUCCAAAUCGUAGGUUUACUUUGUGGUGGUCACCCACCAUCAAUCGUGCCAAUGUAUACGUCGGCUUCCAGGUCCAACUUGAUCUGACAGGAAUAUUUAUGCAUGGGAAAAUUCCUACCUUGAAGAUAUCUUUGAUUCAGAUAUUCCGUGCUCACCUUUGGCAGAAGAUCCAUGAGAGUGUUGUUAUGGAUCUUUGCCAAGUUUUGGAUCAAGAGUUGGAUGCAUUAGAAAUUGAGACUGUGCAGAAAGAGACUAUACAUCCAAGGAAAAGUUACAAGAUGAACAGCUCUUGUGCUGACGUUCUCCUCUUUGCUGCACAUCGAUGGCCAAUGUCCAAACCAAGCCUUGUUGCUGAAUCUAAGGACGUAUUUGACCAAAAAGCAAGCAACAAAUACUGGAUUGACGUGCAACUUCGUUGGGGGGACUAUGAUUCCCAUGAUAUAGAGCGUUAUACUAGGGCUAAGUUUAUGGACUAUACAACAGACAAUAUGUCCAUAUAUCCAUCACCCACUGGAGUUAUGAUUGGACUGGAUUUGGCAUACAAUUUGCACUCGGCCUUUGGCAAUUGGUUCCCUGGGUCAAAGCCUUUGCUAGCUCAAGCGAUGAACAAGAUCAUGAAGUCAAAUCCAGCUUUAUAUGUGCUGAGGGAACGAAUAAGGAAAGGUUUGCAGCUAUAUUCAUCUGAGCCUACUGAACCAUAUCUCUCAUCGCAAAAUUAUGGAGAGAUUUUCAGCAACCAAAUCAUAUGGUUUGUUGAUGAUACUAAUGUGUAUAGAGUAACAAUACAUAAAACUUUCGAGGGAAAUCUCACCACUAAGCCCAUUAAUGGUGCUAUCUUCAUCUUCAAUCCAAGGACAGGACAACUAUUUCUAAAGGUCAUCCAUACAAGUGUUUGGGCUGGGCAAAAGCGUCUUGGACAACUGGCCAAGUGGAAGACUGCAGAAGAAGUAGCAGCUCUCGUGCGGUCUUUGCCAGUUGAAGAGCAGCCGAAGCAAAUUGUUGUCACUCGUAAAGGAAUGUUGGAUCCUUUAGAAGUCCAUUUGCUUGACUUCCCCAAUAUUGUAAUCAAGGGUAGUGAACUCCAGUUGCCUUUUCAGGCUUGCUUAAAGAUUGAGAAGUUCGGUGAUCUGAUUUUGAAGGCUACUGAACCUCAGAUGGUUCUUUUUAAUAUCUAUGACGAUUGGUUGAAAAGUAUUUCAUCCUACACUGCUUUCUCCCGGCUUAUAUUGAUAUUGCGGGCACUGCAUGUUAACAAUGAGAAAGCAAAGAUGCUCUUGAAGCCUGACAAGACCAUUGUCACUGAACCACACCAUAUAUGGCCUUCGCUGACUGAUGAUCAGUGGAUGAAGGUUGAAGUUGCACUUAGAGAUCUCAUACUUUCUGAUUAUGCAAAAAAGAACAAUGUCAAUACAUCCGCGUUAACACAGUCUGAAAUACGAGACAUAAUAUUGGGUGCAGAGAUAGCACCACCCUCACAGCAGAGGCAACAGAUUGCUGAAAUUGAGAAACAGGCUAAAGAAGCUAGCCAAUUGACAGCAGUUACAACAAGGACGACAAAUGUUCACGGCGAUGAGCUUAUAGUUACCACAACUAGUCCAUAUGAGCAGCAAGCAUUUGGUUCCAAAACCGAUUGGCGAGUCAGGGCCAUUUCAGCUACAAAUCUUUAUCUUCGUGUUAACCACAUUUAUGUGAACUCGGAUGAUAUCAAGGAGACUGGAUAUACUUACAUUAUGCCUAAGAACAUAUUGAAGAAGUUCAUCUGCAUAGCAGAUUUGAGAACUCAGAUUGCUGGUUACCUUUAUGGGCUGAGCCCUCAAGAUAACCCACAAGUGAAGGAGAUCCGCUGCAUAGUCAUGGCACCGCAAUGGGGAACACAUCAGCAGGUCCACUUACCAUCAGCUCUACCCGAGCACGAUUUUUUGAACGACUUAGAACCAUUGGGAUGGAUGCACACACAACCUAAUGAGCUUCCUCAGCUAUCCCCACAGGAUCUGACAUCUCAUGCUCGGGUACUAGAGAACAAUAAGCAGUGGGAUGGUGACAAAUGUAUUAUUUUGACCUGUAGCUUCACUCCAGGUUCCUGCUCCUUGACUGCAUAUAAGCUCACACAAUCGGGGUACGAAUGGGGACGUGUCAAUAAGGACACUGGAAGCAACCCCCAUGGUUAUCUACCUACACACUAUGAGAAAGUGCAAAUGCUUCUGAGUGACCGUUUCCUAGGAUUCUAUAUGGUUCCAGACAAUGGUCCAUGGAAUUACAACUUCAUGGGAGUAAAGCAUACCGUGAGCAUGCGAUACGGAGUGAAGUUGGGGAUACCAAGAGACUACUACCAUGAGGAUCACAGACCCACACAUUACCUUGAAUUCAGUAAUCUUGAAGAAGGCGAUACUGCAUUGGCAGACGCAGAGGAUAAGUUUACAUAGUUUAGUUGUUUUGAGGAAUGUGUACCUGGUACUUGAAAUCGACAUGUAGUUUGAUGCUAAUAUGGUGCGAGCACUUGAUGUAUACUCAGUUUGAUUUCCACAUAAUCCAUCUCAUGUUAAAAAGGGGUAGACACUUGAGAUGCCAUGGUGACUCAGGGUUGAAGCUCCGUUGCCAAAGAUUUGUAAGUUAGAUAUCCUGUUUGCUUCAUUAUUAUAUUCCUUUUAAAGCAAGGAUUAUUGUGUAUAA